AUGCGUCUCCACCUCAUUAUACAACGGCACUGCCUCCCCACCACCCGUGUCCUUUGGACAACCUCCUCGCAUUUCUCUCUUCCUUCCAGUUCAGCCGUCUCUUCCUUCGCCACUGUCUCAUCUUCCACGGUAACAUCAACACGGGCCCCAAAUGCAGGAUUUGGAGCCGGUGCGGCAGCGGCAGCUUCUGGGAGUGGCGGGUUGUCAAUUGCCCAGCUUCUAGAAGAUGUGAAUGAGGUUAUCCCGCUUGAAACACAGGUUGAAGAAGAGUUUGAAAAUGGUGGUGGUAUCGGUGGCGGUGUUGGCCAAUGGGGACUGGAAGAUUACGUAGUGGAGGUUGCUGGGUUUGAGUGCUUGCAUUUUAUGGAGGUAGAUGGACUGUUGAGGGAUGGGGAUGAGGUUGUAAUACGUGCUUUACAACUUAAUGACCUCAUAGCCAGAAGGCUUACGGGGCGUCAUCAGAUCUCUAUUGAUGGAAGGCAUUUAAUUGAUGGUGUUCCCUUUGGGAAGCCUUAUAUUCAAAGAGCGGUACCAUCGAGGCCGCCUAUCACAAUUCCACCACGAAAGAAGAGACGAUUGAACUUUGGCGGGUGGCAGGUUGAUAAUGCUGUCGCGGAGGAUUUAAUCGAUGAAGACUAUGACGAUAAAGAGAAUGAUCCCGAUUGGAAAGAGGAUAGGGGCGGAAUUUGGAAAGAACUUGUGCUUGCUGAUGCCGAUGAAGACGAGGAUGACGACGAUUAUGAGGGUGAAAGUGCGAGUGAAGAACAUUCUCCCCCGUCUGAAGAAGAGAUUCCCGUAGUGCCUAAAAAACGAAUCAAGGAGCAACCCGUGCCGAAAACCGGGAACAUAUCCCCCGAUACGUGUGCCUACAAACGACAAGCUGCGAAGAAAGCCAACCAGUUAAAACAAAUGGAAUCACCCACAGCAGAGCGUAAACUUCAGGGGAUUUUAGAUCGAAAACAGCAAAGUGCACCGGCUGCUUUACCAAAGCGCAAACGCAGCGUCAGCUUCCAGGAUCAACCGAGUUUUCAUUCCGACAUUGCCUCUAGUUCUGAUACAGGUGAGUCGAGUGACAAUGACGAAAGAAGCUCCGUUUCUUCCAGUGACUCAGGCUCCAGCGAAACAUCUUCGGAAUCAUCUUCAAGCUCUGCUGGUAGUUCAUCAUCUUCGGGCUCAGAAACUCCCAGUGUCCUCAAUGCGAUUAAAAAGAGGAAGGCCGUGGUAGAGCAAGUAGUAAUUACCCAGAAGACCACUGCUGGACCACGGCCACCUGUUCAUCCACCUGGUACUGGUUCCAGGAGAACAAAAAACACCAACAAAAGAGCCAAACUGCGAAGAAAACUUCAAAAAUUGAAGGAACUUCGAAUUCUACCUAAAGAUGCCAAAUUCAAUGAUUUGCGGAAAUGGUGCGAAGCCAAUCCUGGGCCGUUACCAAGGGGUCUGGUUAAGGAGUCUCCAAACACCCAGGAGAACUUUAAUGACGAACACACGGAAUUUGAGAGGAAACGAGCGGAGCUUUUACGCGAUAUUGCACUCGGCGGAGUGGACGAGAACCCACAACUCACGAAGGCGACCAUUAAAUUGAAUCCACUUGAACCUGUGUCGAAGACCCCUAUAGUUGGAGGAAUUGGCAUUUCCAAACCUACAGAAUCAUCCAAAAGACAGUCAAAUUUGGAUGUGAAAAGCUCACGGCAACUCUUAUUUGGCUCACUGGGUGUAAAGAGUCCCAAAUCGAAGGAGGAUGUAAAAGCGUUACGAGAUAUACUCUCGUCGAAAACUCCUAAGCCAAAAUCAAGGUCCGCCUCCGCGUCAGCUGAAGAAGCUGAUAAAACCACAAAAAAUGAGGCUGAUUCGGUUGGAAACUGGAAAGAUCAAUUGAUCCUCCAGGCUACAGAAUGUAUUUACAACAAUGUGAAGCUAUCUACGCCUCCUUUCCCGUUUGUGCAGCGGUGGGAUAAAGAUGCCCAAGCGGCAAUCCGUGAAUGUAAAGGAAAUCAACAGAGUAAUAGCAAGAAGAGGAAGCGAAAGACUCAAAAUCACCAAGAUGACUAUUAUGAUCAGGAGUGGGGAAAUGGGGAACCAAGUGCCUCAAAUGAAAUCGAGUUAGAUUAUAAAACCAAUGGGCUUGAUGAGAACCAUACCUCAACGAAAGCUAUGGUUGCAGCUGUCGGUGACCAACUGAACUAUGAGAUGGCCGGUGUUGAAACCAGUUCACAUGACAUGGGCACGGAUUCAGAUGAACUUCCAACUCUACCGGAAGAUAUGUCCUUUUUGAAAGAUGCAAGGGACACUGAUAUGAAGCCCGGGGCGAUCAUUGCUUUCAAGCAGCUGGACCUGUCUGGGGCCACGAUGUGGCAGCCAGUGGUAUCCCAAUACCGCACAGCCGUCAUAGAAAAUGUGGUUGGUGGGACUUUGACAUUAAGGCUAGCGCAACGCGAUAGGGAGCAGCCUCAGGAGCAUUAUGAUGAUGAUGGUGAUGACGAUCAAGCAACCCAGUAUUCCAAAUUUGAGAUGCCUGGCUUUGAAAAGAAAGGGAAAGAUGAUGGUUUCAGGGAAAUGCAGUUUGGAGAGUUCAUAGAACCAAAAUUAAUCUCCGAGGCACCAGCGGAUAGUACGGUAGGGGUGUCAGAGGUGACAGUGACGGUAGAGAGGGUAGAGGAGACGCAGAAUCCGCUCCCCAUUGAACUUCCCCCCCCUGUCCCUGAAGACAUCACGAUUUCCUCACCUACAAGACGUAAUAUAUCAGAUAUGAUUCGAGAGGCUGGGUUCAGAUCAGGGUUCGAUUCAGAUAUUCUCCUUCCCGAAGAGACCUGUUUCACUGCACGUGGUUCCACUACUCACAAUGACGCAGCUAAUGAAGACAUGGAAAUGAAUGAAUUUGCCAGUCCUACUGUCAAAUCUCCUAUGUUUUCCGGGUUUCCGUCCAGCCCGCCCCUUAAUCCUUCAAACAGUCCCAACGAAGAUUAUGAGCCGUUGCCUCCAAUCCCGCUUGGCACUUCAAGAUCAUUCCCUGAAGAGCAAAUUAUGACUGAAGUUCCAAGUUCGCUCGCUUGGUUGGAAGGACAUGCAUCCGAUCCUUCUCUUCUCAAACUGGGUUUGGGUUCCGAUCACCAGAAAUCGUCGGCGUUGUCGGAUGGACGCCUUCAGUAUCUUGAACCGAUGGCAUACCUACGCAGGAUUCCCUGA